AUGGACUAUGUCAUUCUCAAGCCGGCGGAGCUAAUCCUAUGGAGGGAAAAGGCUGCGCCUACUAUACGCAAAGUGACGGAUUUGUUGCUACGUGGAGGUGCAAUUGGGUAUUUGAAUAUGGAGCAACUUUUACAAAAGGGCUCUGAGGAGGAUAUGAGUAUUAGCAAAGAUAAGCGUCGUGUUAAUCCUGUAGGGUUUAAAUCUAUUAUGCAACAGUCUGGGAUACUGCUUACACCGGAUGAGCACAGGAAUCUUCGUACUGCGUAUUCAGAUGAAGGUGGAUUUCUUGUUGACGAGUUCCUUGAUCUUGUCUGUCCACUGAGAAAUCUUAAUGAGAGUCAAAUCAACUUGCUGCGGAGUAUGUGCCCUGCGGUUGUGGGUAUUGGUAUUGGAAACACUUCUAUGAUUGAAUUAAAUGAGUUAUUGCAUGCAUUCGAAGACGCGUUGAUUGUUGAGGAUGUCACGAAGGCAAAGACUGAAACAAAAGAAGAGACUGAAAGUGCCAUAGCAACAGCAUCACUCUUUGAGUCUGCAUUACUGGAGAUGCGAAUGGUGUUUACAUCUUCACGUUACCCGAAGGGUCUUGUACCAGCGCGAGAUGUGGGGAAUUUCUGUGCUGCCAUUGUGUUAAACGGCGGUAAUAAUGGAAUGACAGUUCUGCAGCAACUCGCGAAGGUGCGACUGCAGUUGGCGUCAACUUCUAAUGACGCUGCGAACAGAACUCAAACAACAGAUACAUAUGAUGUGGAUCCUUUGCAGUCAUCGCAACAAAAUAAGCGUCAAGAUCGGGGCUAUGAUUACUACACGGAACGUGAUAAUCGUGAUGAGUGGAUUCGUGGCCGUGAAGAGGCGGCGGCGGGCCCGAUGUAUUUGCGUCACCUCCCGGGCUACAGCGGCCACUUGCCAACAUUCAAAAGUAAGUACGGGCGCUCCUUCCACCCUAUUGAGGAGUCCAUGCCGCAACUCACACAGGAAAAGAAGACUCAACCAGGACCACUACCAGCCGAUCACUACGGCCCUGGUGUGGAAUUGAAGGGUAAUCCAAUGAAUCGACACAACUUCAAGUUCUCUUAA